AUGAAGUGCUCGCUUUUCUUUUCCGCCGCCCUGAUUGCCAUUGCCGUGGCGGAUUACUGUACGACGGACGCGGACUGUGAACGGAUUAUUGGGGCACGAUGCGCGAAUUCGCGGGCCAUUUGUCAGUGCAUGGAUAAGGCGUUUUGCACGCUGAAAGUGAAAUGCAACCCUGCGCACGGUGACGCCGACUGCAAAAAAUUUGACAUUUGCGCCCUCGAUUCGGUGGACCGCGCCUACUACUGCCGGCGGGAUCUCGGCGGGACCGUCUCGCCCUCAAUUCUCCCCAGAUUUAAAUUCCCGCUCCCAUUUGGUGGCCGUCCUUGCUGCAAUCGGAUGCACGCGAUGUGGAUCGCGACGAUAAUCAUCGGCGUGCUGCUGCUCGGUGUCGCGCUGCCAUUCAGAAUCAUAAACAGCGACGCCCCGGGGCUACGCAGCAGUCCGAAUCGUGGCCGACACGCGCGCGACGCCGGGCGCUGGAUGAACGACGAGCAGGCGGCCAUAUUGAAAGCGCUGAAAGAAAACGGGACCUCGGUCGAGGUGCAAAAGGACACGAUAAUGGCUUGGUAUCGCGAGCUGCCGGCCGAGAAGAGGGAACAGCUCGACGAGCACUACAAGAAUGAUUGUGUCGAGUGGAUCAAAAAGGUGGCCACCACCGAAGAAAUCGCGGAAUUGAAAGUUCUGCAUGAGGAGGGGAACGACAAGGAGAUUCUGACUAGGGUAACCGACUAUAAAGGGCGUCUCGACGAGAAUACACGAAAAUUGGUCGACGCGUGGGCGACCGAAUGCAAAGCACUGUGGUUCAAGAAGACGGAUCGGAAACGCAGGGAUUUGCUUGAGGAUUUCGCUUUCUGGCUGAACACCGACCAGCUGGAGGAGCUGAAGAAGGAAAAGGCAGCCGGAAAGUCGUCGGAGGACCUAAAAAAGCGCGUAAUGGAAUAUUUCGAGCAGCUGCCACAGGAGAAGCAGAACGAGGUGAAGGAACAGGCAAAGGGCAAAUGCAAGCACUACUUCACGACGCUCUCGACGGAGGAUGAGGUGAAGAAGAUCAAGGAGCUGAAGGAGGCCGGAAAUGUCGAAGAGAUCAAAUCCAUCAUCGAGGGCGUUAUCGACCGUCAGGAAGGGGACAAGAAAACCGAGGCUACAAAAUACAAAAAAAUCUGCAGCGACAUCUACGAAAAACAGUCUUCCCGAAAGCGCAAGGACAUUGAUGCGCUGAUUGAGAAGCAUUUAUCUUGGCUAGAAGAGGGGCAGAAGGAUGAGAUCCGAGCGAUGAAGGCGGCCGGCAAGUCGAACGCGGAAAUCAAGGAGAAAGUGAUGGGAUAUCUACAGAACCUGGACAGUUCAAAGAAGGAAAAGACGAAGCAGCAGAUCACCGACGACUGCUACGCCUGGCUGAAAAAGGCGGCCAGCCAAACGGAAAUUGACGCCCUGCACAAAAUGCACGAGACCGAUCAUGCUGGCUGCAAAAAGACGGUGCGCCAAUACAUCCUCCGAUUGCCGGCCGACGAGCAGGAAAAUGUUAAUAGAAAUCUCCCUUUCUGUGAGCGAAUCUGGUAUGGGGAUCAUGAUCACUCUCACCAUCAACAUCAUGGACAUCAUAAGAUGAAGCGUCACCAUUCGAAAACAGGGCUACACAGUCACAGAUAUGGCCAGAUGACCGAACUGCAGAACCCGUUC